AUGUACUCGAAUGCGCUUUCCGGCGUGCAGGGACUGCUACCGCCAGACACCGAUUGGGUCUAUGCUAAGAAGCGAGAGGCACAGGAGAUCAUCCCUGGACUUUGGCUGGGGCCCUUUGGUUCCGCUCGAGAUCAGGAGUUCCUGAAGCGGGUGGGCAUAACAGAUGCCUUGGUCGUCCGAGCACCGGAGGAAGCAAGAAUCAUCUGUCCAAAAUACCCGGAGUUCAUCCGCUACGAGGUGCGCGUCGACUUUUUGUGCAUGCAGUUGAAACAAAGAGUGCAUUCGUCGUGCCCUGGUGGGAAUGAAGCUUUUUUUGCGGUGUCGGGGUUGAUCUCUCAAGCUCACGUUCGAUCCAUGCACAAGCCUCCAGAGAGUAAGCCCUCCCCCCCAUCGUAA